AUGGUGCCGCGGCCCGGCGUGCUGUGGGCAGUGGCGGCGCUGGCGCUGCUGGUCCGGCGGGCGGCGGCGGCGGCGGCGCUGGCGGGACCGGUGGUCCGCUGCGAGCCCUGCGACGCGCGGGCGCUGCAGCAGUGCAAGCCCCUGCAGCCCGACUGCGCCGAGCGGGUGCGGGAGCCGGGCUGCGGCUGCUGCCUCACCUGCGCCCUGCGUCCGGGGCAGCCCUGCGGCAUCUACACCGAGCGCUGCGGCGCCGGCCUCAGCUGCCAGCCGCGGCGGGAGGAGGCGCGGCCGCUGCAGGCGCUGCUGGAGGGCCGCGGGCUCUGCACCAACGCCACGGCGGGCGGCAAGCUGCGGGCCUUCCUCCUGCCGGGACCGCACGCUGCAGGAAAUUCCAGUGAUUCAGAAGAAGACGACCGGAGUACCAGCAGCGUAGAAAAUCAGGCCAUCCCAAACUCUCACAGGGUGCCAGAUUCCAAAUCGCAUCCACCGCACAUCAAAAUAGAUAUCAUCAGGAAAGUGCAAGCCAAAAAUACGCAGCGCUAUAAAGUGGAGUAUGAUUCGCAGAGUACGGAUACACUGAAUUUCUCUUCUGAAUCCAAACAAGAGACUGAAUAUGGUCCCUGUCGUAGAGAAAUGGAAGACACUUUAAACCACCUAAAGAUCCUGAAUGUCUUGAGUCCCAGGGGUUUUCAUAUUCCAAACUGCGACAAGAAGGGGUUCUACAAGAAAAAGCAAUGUCGCCCAUCCAAAGGCCGAAAGAGAGGUUACUGCUGGUGCGUGGAUAAAUACGGACAGCCGCUUCCCGGGUACGAUGGGAAGGGAAAAGGAGAUGUCCACUGCUAUAACUUGGAGAGCAAAUGAGGGCUGGGUGCCAGCUCUUCUGGCACCCGCGCGUGGCCGCUGGACCUCGCAGAGACCUUGGAGGGGCUGGGCAAACACUGUGGACUGCGUUGCGCGUGGAGUAACGAGCUCUGCC